AUGGACCCAGUGCCCGGUUGUCAAGCUUCGCAGGGCCUGCCGCCCCCAAAACAGGCGUCGUCUCAUCUGCCACCUCCGCCACUACCACGACCUGGGUCACCAGGAUGCGAGGCCUCAGAAGGUAGGCAAAUCGGCGUGCCGGGGCGCCGUAUGAACGCGAAGAAGCUCCUUGGACAAGAUGCUCAGGCUCAAGCUCGAGCACAGAAGUCUCCGUUAUCACCAAAGCGCUCAUAUUCUACCUUCUUAGCCGAUGACCUUCCCCGGGACAAUAUUGCUGCCUUGAAUGCACCAGUUUCAAGAUGGCUUGGCCAGGUAUAUCCUACAACUCAGCGUUUGAGGCGAUACUCUGCCAUUGCAAUGGAUGAUGCUCCGCGUCACCUUGUCAAAGACGACAAAAAUGGGGACGAGGAGAGUUUCGAAGAGAACGACGUCGAGAAUAGACCUAGAGCCAGCUCUGAACCGAUCACGUAUCUCCAUGAGCAUAAAUCCGUCACGAUACUAGUGACACCAAGGACUGAAUGCUUAUCAGGCUAUUUGCACAAUUCUCAAAGUAUUUGCGAAGGCCUCAGCAUCUGCCUCCCUCGAACUUCUCACCUUCCUGCUUCUUCACACAUCGUGAGCAGUACGCCGACACAAGCUCCAUUGGAGAAAGCCCCCUCAUACCGACAGGUCCCGAUAGACACAACCUUGCAGACAUUCGACGUCAAAAUCAUGUAUCUCCGGCAUCUUCUACGGCUGUAA